AUGGGGAAGAUUGUGUUCUACGAGGAUAAGAACUUCCGAGGUCGAAACUAUGAGUGCGCCUCUGACAGCGCUGACCUGAGCUCGUACUUCAGCCGCUGCAACUCCAUCAAGGUGGAGAGCGGCUGCUGGGUUCUGUACGAGCGGCCCAGCUACGCGGGAUACCAGUACGUCCUGAGCCCCGGAGAGUACCCCGACCACCAGCACUGGAUGGGCUUCAGCGACAGCAUCAGGUCCUGUCGCUUCAUCAGAAAUGUGUACGGAAAGUCCUGGAAGAUCCGCUUCUACGACAAGCAGGGAUUCGGAGGUCAGGCGGCGGAGUGGAUCGAGGACUGCCCCUCCAUCUACGAGGCCUUCAAGUUCCGGGAGUUCCGGUCCUGCGUGGUGAUGGACGGCGCCUGGGUUCUGUACGAGCAGCCCGACUACCACGGACACCAGUACUUCCUGGAACGGGGCGAGUACCCGAGCUACACCGACUGGGGCGCCAACUCCCCCUCCGCCGGGUCCUUCCGCAAGAUCACCGAGUUCUAG